GGUUAAUAGUGACACUCAGAAAAAUCACCAUACUCCUAGAAAUAAAGAUUCAGGCAUACAACAGAUUAAUAGUAAUACUCAGAAAAAUCACCAUACUAUUAGAAAUAAAGAUCGCAAGAAAUCCACCCCCUGCCCUUUUUUGGCCCGGCGUGGUCGGUGUGCUAAAGGAAAUCGGUGCGACUUCUACCAUUCCAAUUCGCAGUACUGUGACAAAUCCCGAGUAUUUUGCCCCUUUUUGCAGAGGAAAGGUUAUUGUCUGAAGGAUGUCAGAUGUGAUUUUUUCCACCCUGUCCCUAACAACAAGUCCCUCACUACAUUGGAUGAUCCUUUUUUCUAUCGACGAACCUAUCCACCCUACCAAGCCAAAAUAUACCCGUUUGGGUUACCCAACGCACAAAAUCCACCCCUAAACAUAUGGAAGCCACUAAACGUCCCAAAAAAACCAACUUGAUCAGAAUUCCUUGCCUACCAAUGAAUCCCACUCCCAGACAAGUCGGUAAUUCCAUCGAUUCGACAAACCAAAACAACACCCACUAUGUCCCUGCUUUUCUCUUAUCUAAUGUAAUGUCAUUAGCCCCAAAAAUUGAUGAAGUACAAGAUGUUGCCCGACACGGAAACUACCAAUUCAUUAGCAUAGUGGAGACUUGGCUACAGAGUCAUAUACACGACAAUGUAGUCAAUAUCGAAGGAUAUAACCUCAUCCGCAGAGACAGAAUUAACGGCCAACACGGAGGCGUUUGUACUUAUAUUGAAAAUACGAUCGGUUUUGAGUUAAUAGAAAACUUAACUAAUGACUUGUUUGAGGUGUUAUGGAUCAAAAUGCUGAUGCCUAGACUGCCGAGAAGAUUUAAUAGCUUGGUCGUCGGGACCUUAUACCACCCCCCAAGUGCUGACGACUCAGCAAUGCUGGAUUAUUUAUCCAACUGUCUCUCUACAUUGGAAUCAUGCUAUCCUAAUUGUGGUUUUAUUAUUCUGGGCGACUUUAAUCAGUUAAAUAUCAACCGAUUAAAACUAAGCUAUAACCUACGUCAACUUGUUAACUUUCCAACACGUGGCAGAAAUACUCUUGAUCUCGUCUUGACAAAUCUUUACGAAUACUACGAUCAACCGGUAAAGUAUGCACCAUUCGGUCUCUCUGAUCAUAUGUCUGUAGAAUUUAAACCAAAAGAACGAUGUCAACCCCAAAGAGCGCAGAAAAGAGUGGUGAAGAAAAGAGAUCUACGUCCGAGCUCCCGUCUUGCAUUCCGUAAAUAUUUGGAACUGUUGGACAUUCCCAGCAUGUUUGACAAAGCCCCUUCUUGCACAGAAAAAAUCUCCCUCUUGGAAACCAUUGUAACUACUGGUCUGGAUUAUAUUCUCCCACUGCGCUCAACUACAUCUCGGUGUAAUGAACCUCCCUGGAUGAACUCAAAAUUAUCAUUAUUAAUUAAGAAACGCCAGAAAGCUCUUAACCAAGGAAAUAUUACCCAAUUCAAGUACUUGAGAAAUAAAGUAAACCGCAAAAGGAAAAGUUGUCGUGCGAAGCAUUAUGAAAACAGCAUUCAACAUCUUAAAGAAUGUAAACCAUCCUCUUGGUGGAAUGAGGUUAAGAAGCUCAGUGGAGCAAAAUCUACUAGCGGAAAUAACGAAGAAAUCCUUAAAGCCUUAAGACCUGAUGAACACCUUACGGAAACAGAUAAAGUAGAUAUUGCAAACGAGAUAAAUGAUUCUUUUCUUUCCCCAAUGGCUGAAUUUACUCCUCUCACUCCAGAGAAUUACCAAGAUCUGUUAUUUGGCGCAGCUAAUGAUUCUACUGUCACAAUUGCUGCAGGAGACGUAUUUAAAAAACUGUCAACGCUUAAUCCAAGGAAAGCCCACGGCCCUGAUGGAAUACCAACAUGGGUGUUAAAAGAGAAUGCUGAUUUAUUGGAACUUCCAGUCAAAGAGAUCCUAGAUAGUUCUUACCGCGAAUGCCGUAUUCCACAAUCUUGGAAAGAGGCCGACAUUAUUGCUAUCCCUAAAAAGAAACCCAUAACUGACAUUAAUAACAACCUACGUCCAAUAUCAUUAACACCUAUUUUAUCAAAACUGGCCGAAGAAUUCGUGGUUGAACAGCACCUAAAACCUGCGGUAUUAGCCACAAUUGAUAAAAGGCAAUUCGGAUCCAUCCCGAAUUCAAGCACUACGUAUGCCCUUAUCAGCAUGUUGCAUUUUUGGAAUAAAAACACGGACGGAAAUGGCUCUACAAUCAGAAUUAUGCUUUUUGACUUUCGUAAAGCUUUCGACAUGAUAGAUCAUAUAUCCUCGCACGAAAACUGUUAA